ACGACGCUUUGGCCAUCCUCGCAGCUCUGAAGUGCCCUUCCAUUCGUGUGCUCGGUAUUGCCACGUCAUUCAGCCACUAUGUGACGUGUGAAGCCGCCACGCGCAACGCUCGAGGCCUGUGCAUAGCAGCAGGUCGCCCAGACACGCCUGUUGUUCAGGGCGCCACAGCACCACUCUCAACCGCACCAACUCCAGCACUACGCCCAUCAAACGCCCCCGAGACCAGUGGAACCACCACCAGUGGCAGCAACAGCACCCGCACCACUCCCCCCCUGCCUGCAUGCUCCUCGUUUCUGGGCCCUGACGGGCUGGCAGGAGCGCUGCUGCCUGCUGCAUCUCCUGAAACCCAACGGGGUGACCCCACAAAUUGCAUCACUGAUACCUUAGCUUCCACUCAUGUUUCCACUGCUGCUAGUGGCGGGGAUGGAGAGGGGAAGGACGGGGGGAAGCAGGCAGGAGCGCAGGAGCAGAGGGCGUGGGAGUGGAUGUGUGAGGAGGUGGCGAGGAGGCCCGGGCAGAUCAGCAUCAUUCAGCUGGGACCCAUGACCAACCUCGCCCGGGCCCUCUCCCACCGACCCUCGCUGGCAUCGGAGCUGGCGGCCGUCUGGGUGGUGGGAGGCUCCUUCUUCGCCAGUGGGGAUGUCAACGCAGCUGCAGAAGAGAGCGUAUUUGCAGACCCCGAGGCAGCGGAUCAGGUGCUGACGAGUGGCGCCAACAUCCACGUGCUGGGACUCAACGUCACCACACAGGUCACACUCACAGGUGCAGACCUUGCCUCCCUGUGCUCUCAAGACGCGUCAGCGUCGCCAGAAGCAUGCGAGAGCGAGCAUGCAGCUUCGCCCUCACCUGCAGCGUCUCUGGUGGCACGCCUGGUGCACGCAUACAGGGGCCACCACCAGCAGUCCGACCAUAUGGACGGAAUCUUCUUGCACGACGCGUGUGCAGUGGCAGCCAUCGUGGCGCCCUCACUCUUCUCGUUCAAGCGAGGCAGCGCGCGUGUGGAGUGCACUGGGGUGGGCAAGGGGUGCACGCUCAUGGACUACUCGCUCAAGAAUUGGAAUGGUCCCAACCCAUGGGUGGGGGUGCCGCCAGUGCAAGUGGCCAUGGCUGUCGAUGCUGCUGAGGUGGCAGCCAAUAUCACCCGACUGCUUUCCGUUGAAACGGGGCCGCGGGUGGUCCGAACGACUCUGAUUUUAUUCGCGUGUUUCUCACGUCACGGAAUGGUGUUUGCAAACCCCAAGGCAGCGGAUCAGGUGCUGACGAGUGCUGGGGCUCAACGUUAUCACACAGGUCUCACUUACAGGCACAGACCUUGCCUCUCUGUGCAUGCAAGACACAGCGGCCUGUCCAGGAGCAAGCGAGAGCGAGCACACCACUGUGUCUGGAGCAGCUGGGACGUCGCUAGUGGCAGGCGAGAGCGAGCACGCACCUUCGCUGGUGGCACGCCUGGUGAAUGCAUUCAGGGCCCACCACCAGCAGUCCGACCAUAUGGAUGGAAUCUUCCUGCACGACGCGUGUGCAGUGGCAGCGAUCACAGCGCCCUCACUUUUCUCCUUCAAGCGAGGCAGCGUGCAUGUGGAGUGCACCGGGCGCCCUCACUUUUCUCCUUCAGGCGAGGCAGCGUGCAUGUGGAGUGCACCGGGGUAGGUCGGGGAUGCACGCUCAUGGACUACUCGCUCAACAAUGGUUGCAGGCACGUGGCAGGAGGCGCUCUCUCACAUGGCGCUCUCCACAUGGCGCUCUCUCACAUGGCGCUCUCUCACAUGGCACUCUCUCACAUGGCGCUCUCUCACAUGGCACUCUCUCACAUGGCACUCUCUCACAUGGCGCUCUCUCACAUGGCACUCUCUCACAUGGCACUCUCUCACAUGGCGCUCUCUCACAUGGCACUCUCUCACAUGGCACUCUCUCACAUGGCGCUCUCUCACAUGGCGCUCUCUCACAUGGCGCUCUCUCACAUGGCACUCUCUCACAUGGCGCUCUCUCACAUGGCGCUCUCUCACAUGGCGCUCUCUCACAUGGCGCUCUCUCACAUGGCGCUCUCUCACAUGGCACUCUCUCACAUGGCGCUCUCUCACAUGGCACUCUCUCACAUGGCGCUCUCUCACAUGGCACUCUCUCACAUGGCACUCUCUCACAUGGCGCUCUCUCACAUGGCGCUCUCUCACAUGGCGCUCUCUCACAUGGCGCUCUCUCACAUGGCACUCUCUCACAUGGCGCUCUCUCACAUGGCGCUCUCUCACAUGGCACUCUCUCACAUGGCACUCUCUCACAUGGCACUCUCUUACAUGGCACUCUCUCACAUGGCACUCUCUCACAUGGCACUCUCUCACAUGGCACUCUCUCACAUGGCGCCAUGUUACCUUUUUAGCAUGGGGUGCACUCUCCUUUCUACCCUUUCUGUUGAGGCGCCUCAGUUAAAGAAAUCUCUCAUUUCUGUACACUCUCUACCCUCUCCCUUCCUGCAUUUCCUCCCUCCUGCCUUCACAUCAGUUGGAACGGCCCCAACCCAUGGGUGGGGGUGCCGCCAGUGCAAGUGGCCAUGGCUGUUGAUGCUGCUGAGGUGGCAUCCACAAUCACCCGACUCCUUUCGUCUGUCAGAUGAAGCUGCAUGGUGGUAUGGCGUGGCCCUCUCCUGCAAGUGGCCAUGGCUGUUGAUGCUGCUGAGGUGGCAGCCACGAUCACCGGACUCCUUUCCUCAGUCGGAUGAAGCUAAAGUUGUCAGUGCAGUUGGUGACGCAGAGGAAUGGAUGGCCAUUUAA